AUGGGAUGCUUAUGGAAAAUAAUGUUUCCAUUUAUGCUUCUAAUCAUGUGUGAUGAAACGCUAUUCGUGAGAAGUUUCACAUUAAGGAGCACACCCCUGACGAUGUUAAGGCAUUGGGUUCAUAAAACCAUUCAUAAGAACGGUUGUACUCAUGGGGACGAAAUAAUACAAGUGAGUAGAAAAAUGGAUAAUUGCUACGUAGGAAAAGAAAAAAGAUGUUCAAACAUGUUACGUCUUAGCAAUGUUGUGGAAGUGAGGGAAGAUAACAAAUUAAGUGAUUCCACUGUGUUAGAUAAACCAGAUGGUGAUUCAGAUAUAUGGGAAACUACAAGUUGUGGUGAUUACCAUGGUGAUAGUGCCCAGACGUGCAACGAUCACAGUGAUAGAAGUGAUAGUGGCCAGACGUGCAACGAUCACAGUGACAGCAAUGAUAGCAGUGAUAAUGGGCAGACUUAUAACGACCACAUGGAGAGUGUAGACCUUUUCGAGAACGAUUGCCUUCAACUGAAACAGUGGUACUCAGGAGAACGGGUGAAAGAAAAAUGGAAAGAAAAACACAUUGAAAAUGUUCGAAGUAACUACGAAAAGGUUUUAUUAAAUAAUAAAUAUAACGAACUAUUUAACAUGUACAGAAAUAUAAAAAAAAAUAAUGUGGAAAAUUAUAAAAAAAGAGUUAAAACAAAUAGAAUCAAUCCAGUAAUAUAUGUUAAAAAAAGACUAGUAUCAGCAACAGCAAAAUAUAUCAAAAUGUCAUUUAUCAAAACCAGGAAAAUAUUAUGGAAAAUUAGAUAUAUGCCCAUAAUUAAGGCAUUUGCAUUUUUGUACUACUAUGGUACAAACAAAUACACAGUAAAUAUAUACAAGUGUAUCAAGUCUUGUCUAUUUAAUGCUAUUAAUAAAUAUGGAAAAAAUAAUAUCAAACCAGUUUUUCACACCCUUCAAGCCAAUAUGGGUGGAUAUACAAAAAAAAUUAAUAUUAGAGCAAAGGGAAAAACAGACAUUAUACGCGAACCGCAUACGCAUAUACGGGUUGUUUUAGAAGUGUGA